GCCUUUCAGAUAAAAUUUCAAUAACGAAGUUCCUGGCUUGUCAGACCCAUGGCUCACAAAGGAAAAUUUAGUAAAGAGAAGACGAAACAAGAAAUACACGAAAAAGUGAGGGAAAUAAGACUACGCCAACAAAACUGGAUGAAGCAGAGAGAGGAUCAUUUAGCCAGUGCCAGUUCCUCAGCCUCUAGUCUAGAUUAUCAAAGUCACAGUCAUGGAAAAGAAAAGAAUGGGAAAAAACAAGCCGUAGCAUCUAGUCAACCGGCUGCCAAGUCUCCACCAAGUUAUGCCAGACCAACACAACUAUCUCACAGAAGAAAAGUGGAAGACAGGGAUGAACAACACAGGAAGCAACAGCCAGCUAUUCCAGCAGCUAAAAACACCCACCGUCAGAGAGCACCUCUGACCAGUGACACAAAGAACAGGUUUCAGCAUUGGCGGAAUGCUAGAAAAGAAGCAAAUGAAACUCCAAACUCAGAUUUGGUUUUAGAGUCGGCAAGGACUGAGGAUUUGCAGAAAAAAAUAAACGUACGGACAAUGUCGCAUUCAGCAGCCUCAUACCGCACAGAGUCUGACGAUGUGUCACUAAGUAGGUAUGGUGUUGUUCUCUCAACUGGCCAAUCAGAAUUCAGCUCUCAUGAUGAGGAUUCUGUUGGCCAAUCAGAUGAGGGGUAUCAAUAUGAAAAAGAGGACUUGUCAUCAAGAACGUUGAAAUGGGACGAAUCAGGUGGUGCAACACAGAGAAAACAACUUUCACCUGAGGAAUUUGAUACCUUAGCCGACCAAAUUAUAAAGCGUGUCAAGGAAGAUUUGAGAACAAGCACCUCGGAAAAAAUAAAUUCUGCCAGGAAAGAAAAAGCAAAAAUUGGAAAGAAUAUCCAAGAUGGUCAAAUAAUAAACAAAGUCAAAAAGGAUACUUCAGGAUGUUCUGAUAACAGAUUAGAAGGCCACAAAUGUGUGAUCUGCAAAAAGCCAAUGGUCCAGGCUUCCCAUUCUCCCAUGCUGUUCAUCCCAUGUGGACACACCGUGUGUAAAAUGUGUGCAGAGCCCCAGAAAUUCUGCACUUUCUGCGGCACAGCUAUCACAUCCAAAACUUGCAAUAUUGCACUCCAGAAGGUCAUAACAGACUUCUAUUUCAAAGAACCAACGAAUAACAGUGGUGUUGGGGAUGUCAGUGACUACAGGCCCAGUCAAUACACGUACCAAAGUGAGAAAGAAUGUGCUGUGUAUUCCGAUAAGAAAAAUCGUGUCAACUACGAUGCUGAACUGAAAUCCCUGCUAGUGCGCCAGGAGGUUCUGGAAGCCACCACACAGGAUAUAGCGACAAACUUGACACAGUUAAAGAAAAAGAAAGAGAAGCAACAGUCACAGAUAGAUAGAAUUUCCCAGGAGGAACAAAGAAUCAGAAAAGAGCUGGAAAUGCUGAAGGAGAAGCUUCAGGCAUUGUCUAUGCAUAAGAGGGAGUACCAGCAGAGGGUGGAAGAGCUGGAUAAAGAACAGUUUGACGAGAAAAAUAAGCUGGCCCUGACGGAGGAGACAUUAAGGAGUUUAAAAGGGCAGAUCGACAAGGUGUGUAUUCAGGGUGCUGGCCUUAAGGGAUUACAAGAUAAGUUUAAGAUCUGA